AUGGAGUCGCUGCAGAGGAGAGUGGAGACAUGGAUCAGAGAUCAGCGGACCAAAAUCUUGAGAGUGACCUGGCCUCCGCCGUGGCCUCGGAUGGUGGUGAAGUGGCCUUGGGUCGACGGCGGUCGCGAACAGCAGAAGAAGAUUCAGGAAGAGUUGGGGCGCCGCAAGAAGCAAAUUGAGGAAUUCUGUUACGCCGUCAAAGCAGAAUCGGUCUCCGAUUUGCAGGAGAUUCUCUGUUGCAUGGUCCUCGCUGAGUGUGUCUACAAGAGACCUGCUGCGGAGAUGGUUAGGGCGGUGAACAAAUUCAAGGCUGACUUUGGAGGGCAAUUAGUUUCUUUAGAGCGGGUGCAGCCUUCUUCAGAUCAUGUUCCUCACAGGUAUCUAUUGGCUGAAGCAGGAGAUACAUUAUUUGCAUCUUUCAUUGGGACCAAGCAGUACAAGGAUGUCAUGGCUGAUGCAAAUAUAUUUCAAGGUGCCAUAUUUCAUGAAGACCCAGAGGAAGACAUUCAUGGACUAGAAUCUACUCUUCUUGACAGUAAAACGAAGAAUGUGGAGAAUUUCUUAAAAUCUCCGGAACCCAAGCCUAAACAAACAAAACUUACACCUAAACCUGCAGCUCAUAGGGGAUUCAUGAAUCGAGCUAAAGGAAUACCAGCAUUAGAGUUAUACAGGCUUGCACAGAAAAAGAAUCGAAAACUUGUGUUAUGUGGACAUUCACUUGGUGGAGCAGUAGCAGUCUUGGCCACCCUUGCCAUUUUGAGGGUUAUUGCUGUUUCAUCAAAAGAAAAUGAAAGGGUCCAAGUGAAAUGUAUAACAUUCUCCCAACCUCCAGUUGGGAAUGCAUCUCUAAGAGACUAUGUGAAUGGAAAAGGAUGGCAGCAUUAUUUUAAAACCUACUGCAUUCCGGAAGAUUUGGUGCCUCGAAUAUUGUCUCCAGCAUACUUUCAUCAUUACAAUGCACACACUCCAUUGGCACCACUCAAUGAGACUUCACUGUCAAUGGCAAGAUCUAGAGAAGAGCUGGAGAAGCAGAAGGUGGAAAAGUUGAAAGCGAAUGAAGGGGAACAGUUGGUUCUGGGUUUAGGUCCUGUGCAGAAUUCCUUUUGGAGACUUUCAAGACUUGUUCCUUUGGAGGGUGUUAGAAGACAGUUUCUUAAAUAUACAGGGAAAAAAGUUGAUCCAGUUGAGACAUCUAUUUCUAACGUUUCUGCUGUCACAUCGUCAAUUAAUGAUAUAGUUACUACUCCACAGUCUCUUGAAAUUGAAGAGGGUUCUGAUGGAAUUUCGCUCCGUCCUUUACCUGAAAAAGAUGAAGAGAUUUCUAGCAAAGUGAAAAAUGGUAAGUCAUAUGGAAGUAGCGGGGAUAAGAAGGCAUGGCGCAGAAUACCUUCUUUGCCUUCAUACGUGCCUUUUGGGCAGCUUUAUCUUUUGGGAAAUUCAUCUGUGGAGUCACUAUCGGGUUCAGAAUACUCAAAAUUGACAUCAGUCAGAUCUGUGAUUGCUGAAGUAAGAGAGCGUUUUCAAUCACAUUCCAUGAAGUCAUACAGGUCCCGUUUUCAAAGAAUCUAUGAUCUCUUCAUGAACGAGAAUUUAUUCACAUUAUUGGGGAGGGAGCAAGAGCAGCAAUUCCCACAUUUACAAAAAUGGUUAGGAGUUUCAGUUGCUGGUGCAGUUGAGCUCGGUCACAUUGUGGAGUCUCCGGUUAUUCGUGCAGCUACUUCCUUAGUUCCUCUUGGAUGGAAUGAUACUUCUGAGAAGAAUGGAGACCCUUUGAGGGUAGAUAUUUCUGGUUUUGAAUUACAUCUAUGUACAUUGAUUGAAGCUCGAGUUAAUGGUAACUGGUGUUCAACUGCUGUGGAAUCUUUUCCUUCACCGCCAGCGUACUCAAUGCAGCAUGGACUGCAGCCAGAGAUACAAAGGAUGCGAAUAUUAGUUGGAGCUCCACUGAGACGACCUCCCAAGCAUCAAAUAUUGGAGGAUGGAUUAGUGCCCAUGUUUCCUUCUCUUGAUCCAACCUGCAUUGAUCUGAAGCUGAAACAGAGCAUGGCUUUGGAAGAGGAAAAAAUCACCCGUCCUGAUGGUUUAAGUGAUUUUGUUGUCUAUUGCACAACUGAUUUUUCUACCGUGUCCAAAGAGGUUCAUGUUCGAACCCGUAGGGUGCAACUAAUUGGCCUUGAGGGUGCUGGUAAAACCUCUCUGCUUAAGGCAAUUUUGAAUCAGGGCAAACCUAGUAGCACUGCAAGUCUUGAGAAUUUUCCUAUGGACGUGGACCUUCAAGAAAGUAUUGCUGGUGGUUUGUGCUAUUCAGACUCUGCAGGAGUAAAUUUACAGAAUUUGAAUAUGGAAGUCUCUCAUUUCAGAAAUGAACUGUGGAAGGGAAUUCGUGACCUUAGUAAAAAAAUAGAUUUGGUUGUUCUUGUGCAUAACUUGUCCCACCGAAUACCUCGAUACGGCCAAACAAAUGAAUCACAGCCAGCUCUCACACUACUCUUGGAUGAGGUUAAAUCUCUUGGUGUUCCUUGGGUCCUUGCCAUAACAAACAAAUUCUCUGUCAGUGCACACCAGCAAAAGGCAGCUAUUAACGAUGUACUGCAGGCAUAUCAAGCGGCUCCUAGCAUGACCGAAGUCAUCAAUUCAUGUCCAUAUGUCAUGCCCAGUGCUGCCGGUGGUUCUGUGUCAUGGAGCUCAAUUGACAAAGAACCGGACAGGACACCGACUCCUCAAAAGCUCAUUUUUGCUCCUUUCAAUCUUGUCAGGAGGCCUUUCCAGAAGAAACCCGCUGUUCUCCCUGUAGAGGGUGUUUCUUCUCUCCGUCAACUCAUUCACAGACUGCUUCGCCCUCACGAGGAAGCUGCUUUACAGGAACUUGCCAGAGAUAGGCUUUUCUUGGAGUUGGCUAGGGAGCGUGCAGCUAGAGAUACAAGUCAAGAUGACCAGGCCAAAUCGAACUCCUUGACUGCUGCUGCCGUUGGUGCUUCCGUAGGAGCAGGUGUUGGAAUCCUACUGGCCGUUGUUAUGGGCGCUGCCUCAGCCUUAAGGAAGCCAUGA